AGAGAGGAGCAAGUGCAGGAAGAGAGUGCUUAUGGGCGAGUGCCCUCAGCCUUGCUCUCAAAAGAAAGAGUUUGGUUUGUUAUCAAGUGUCCACCUUCUAUAAAUUCUUUUUCUGUCAAGCACGCGGUAUGCUAUCUUCUUCUUCAAUCUUGAUAUCCUCUUAUGUUCUUUGUUGAGAGUUCACAUGUGCAUUUACAUAUAUUCUUCGUAAGAAUAGCAUGGAGUAGACAUAUCUUGCGCUCAAAAGAAGGGGUCAUCAGCCAAAUCAUUCUUGCUAAAGUUCGUCUGUGUUUAACAGCUAGUUGUAUGAGUUCCUGAACAUCAUCUGACGAAGUUUGUAGGUAUGGUUAAUUAUAUAGUUUUGAUUUUAUUGCUAGAGCAUCUUUUUAAUUUAUUUCUGAACUUCAUAUCGUACAUAAAAAACCAUACUUAGAGAAGCUCCAGUUUGAGAAUGCAGGUCGUGCCUUUUUGUCUGUCCGUGUAGAACACAUGGUAUGAACUUUAGAGGCCUCUCUACCCCUUGCACAGGUUCAUUAAUUAUUACAUCAGCAGCUCCUGUUAGCAUUUAACGUCCCAUUCUCACGGAAGGCCCGUAGGCGAACAAUUUAAGAAAGGUUGAGGAUGGGAGGGAAGGCUAGCUUUAAAUAAAGGUUGAGGAUGAAGGUGUCCCAUACCAUAAAGGUUAGGGAUGGAAAAGAACAUUUACCUAAUAGUUAAUUUUAAUUUAAUUGCCAAUUUUAGCCUACAAUAUUAGGGUGGUGUGAAUUUUUU